UUACAGGCGCCGGCUCCGAAGCCCCGCCCUCUAGCGUGCGUCGAGACGUUCAUUACGUGAGCGCGUCCGCAUUUCCGCGCUGCGCCAUUUCGGAGCGGAUCAGAUCCAGGAAUCGGGACACACGCGAUCAGAAACACGCGAAACUCACGAUUGAGCCAUGCAUCGUGACUGCCCUCUGGACUGUAAGGUGUACGUUGGGAAUCUGGGAAAUAAUGGGAACAAAUCCGAGCUGGAGCGGGCGUUUGGCUACUACGGACCCCUGAGGAGCGUCUGGGUGGCCAGGAAUCCUCCCGGUUUUGCAUUCGUUGAGUUCGAGGACCCUCGCGAUGCCACAGACGCCGUCAGAGAGCUGGACGGACGGACCCUCUGCGGUUGCCGAGUGAGGGUGGAGUUGUCCAAUGGCGAGAAGCGCUCUCGUAACCGGGGUCCGCCUCCGUCCUGGAGCCGACGCCCACGCGAUGACUACCGAAGGCGCAGCCCGGCCCCCAGGCGCAGAUCGCCCAGGAGGAGGAGCCUGAGUCGUAGUCGCAGCAGAUCUCUUUCCAGAGAGCGCCGGAGGGAGAGAUCGCUGUCUCGAGACAGGAACCACAGGCUUUCGCGAUCUUUCUCCCGAUCAAGGAGUCGUUCCAGAUCGAAUGACCGGAAAUGAACGUUGGCGCUGAGAAGAACAUUGUGACGGAAAUCUCGGCACAGAUCAAACAUGUUGAAAAAGACUUUGAGUCCCCCAUAUUUUUUUUUUAUUUUUAUUAACAUUAUUUUAGCGGUUCUGUUUUCUUCUGUAGCUGCGGUUGUGCGUGUUUGCAGUUUUAAUGCGACGGCAUUCCAUCUCACACUUUUAAGACUUUUUAUGUUUUUUGGCGGUGAAUGUGAUAGGUUCUGCUGCGCUGAGCUCGACCGUGUUUGUUUUCGGUGCGAUCAGUGGGGGGAGAUGUAACGGCACUAUGACGGCAGCAGGGGGGGGAACGGAGAACAGCUUUCAUGUUGGGUUUUUUUUUUUUUUGUUUCUCGUAGUGUUUGUACUGUUUAUAAUGUUGAUCUGAAUUAAAACUCAUGACAAAAA